UGCUGCGGGGAGCGCGUGGUCAUCAACAUCUCGGGGCUGCGCUUUGAGACGCAGCUCAAGACCCUCUGCCAGUUCCCAGAGACGCUGCUGGGCGACCCCAAGCGGCGCAUGCGGUACUUCGACCCGCUCCGCAAUGAGUACUUCUUCGACCGCAACCGACCCAGCUUCGACGCCAUCCUCUACUACUACCAGUCCGGGGGCCGCAUCCGCCGGCCGGUCAAUGUGCCCAUCGACAUCUUCUCCGAGGAGAUCCGCUUCUACCAGCUGGGCGAGGAAGCCAUGGAGAAGUUCCGUGAGGACGAGGGCUUCCUGCGGGAGGAGGAGCGGCCCCUGCCCCGCAGAGACUUCCAGCGCCAGGUGUGGCUGGUCUUCAAAAAAACCCCGGGGCCGGCCCGGGGCAUUGCCAUCGUGUCGGUGCUGGUCAUCCUCAUCUCCAUUGUCAUCUUCUGCCUGGAGACCCUGCCCGAGUUCCGCGACGAGAAAGACUACCCCGCCUCCCCGUCGCAGGAAGUGUUCGAGGCCACCAGCAACAGCACGUCGGGGGCCGCCUCUGGAGCCUCCAGCUUUUCGGACCCCUUCUUCGUGGUGGAAACCCUGUGCAUCAUCUGGUUCUCCUUUGAGCUGCUAGUGCGGUUCUUCGCUUGCCCCAGUAAAGCCACCUUCUCCAGAAACAUCAUGAACCUCAUAGACAUUGUGGCCAUCAUUCCUUAUUUCAUCACUCUGGGCACUGAGCUGGCUGAGCGACAGGGUAAUGGGCAGCAGGCAAUGUCUUUGGCCAUCCUGAGGGUCAUCCGCUUAGUAAGGGUCUUCCGCAUCUUCAAGCUCUCCCGCCACUCCAAGGGGCUGCAGAUCCUGGGGCAGACACUGAAGGCUUCCAUGCGAGAGCUGGGGCUGCUCAUCUUCUUCCUCUUUAUAGGGGUCAUCCUUUUCUCCAGUGCAGUCUACUUUGCUGAGGCAGACGACCCUUCUUCGGGUUUUAACAGUAUCCCGGAUGCCUUCUGGUGGGCAGUGGUAACCAUGACAACUGUGGGUUACGGUGAUAUGCACCCAGUGACCAUAGGAGGCAAGAUUGUGGGCUCUCUUUGCGCCAUCGCAGGUGUCUUGACCAUUGCACUGCCAGUUCCUGUAAUUGUUUCCAACUUCAAUUACUUCUACCACCGGGAGACAGAAGGGGAAGAGCAAGCCCAGUACAUGCACGUGGGAAGUUGCCAGCACCUCUCCUCUUCAGCUGAGGAGCUCCGAAAAGCCCGGAGUAACUCCACCCUGAGUAAGUCGGAGUAUAUGGUGAUCGAAGAGGGGGGUAUGAACCACAGCGCUUUCCCCCAGACCCCUUUCAAAACGGGCAACUCCACUGCCACUUGCACCACGAACAAUAAUCCCAACUCCUGUGUCAACAUUAAAAAGAUAUUCACUGAUGUCUAA